CGGGCUGACCCGGCGGCUCGGGCUGGGGCGCCGCCCCUGCGUCUCCGCGCACACCCGGAAGCCGCGCGCAGCGGAGCCCCGCGAGUGUGUGGCCGCCAGGAGGCGAGAUGGCAGCUGGGCAGAAUGGGCAUGAAGAGUGGGUAGGCAGCGCAUACCUGUUUUUGGAGUCUUCGAUGGACAAGGUGGUCCUGUCUGAAGCCUACACAGAUCCCCAGAAGAAGGUGGCCAUAUACCAGGCCCUGCAGACUGCACUGUCAGAGAGUGCGGACAGCCCUGACGUACUGCAGAUACUCAAGAUCCAUUGCAGCGACCCGCAGCUCAUCGUGCAAUUGCGUUUCUGCGGGCGCCUGCUGUGCGGCCGUUUCCUUCAAGCCUACCGCGAGGGGGCGCUGCGCGCCGCGCUGCAGAGGUGCAUGGCCUCCGCACUUGCCCUGGAAGCCGUGCGGCUGCAAUUGGAGUUGCAUGCUGGCGCAGAGCAGCUGGACACUUGGCUGACCGACGAGGAGCGCUGUUUGAAUUACAUCUUAGCCCAGAAGCCGGACCGGCUCCGGGACGAGGAACUCGCGGAACUGGAGAAGGAGCUGGGCAAGCUGACGUGCGACUGCACUGGCCAGGGUGGAACCAUACAAGUUGACUCAGCCGCUUCUAAGUCCCUGGUUCCCUCUCCGGCCAAGGAGAAACCACUGCCGGCGGCCUGCCAAACUUUUCUGUUCCAUGGUCAGCCCAUAGUGAACCGGCCACUGACUCUGCAAGACCAGCAGACGUUCGCUCGCUCAGUGGGCCUCAAAUGGCGCAGGGUGGGGCGCUCGCUGCAGCGUAACUGUCGAGCACUGAGGGAUCCUGCUCUCGACUCGCUGGCCUAUGAGUACGAGCGAGAUGGGCUAUAUGAGCAGGCCUUCCAGCUUCUGCGCCGCUUCAUGCAAGCCGAGGGCCGCCGUGCCACGCUGCAGCGCCUGGUGGAGGCGCUGGAGGAGAACGAACUCACCAGUCUCGCAGAGGAUCUGCUAGGCCAGGCGGAGCCGGAUGGCCGCCUGGCCUAGGUCUGGUACUGUGGGGAGGGCGGUCAACCAGCAGUUGAGCCAGGGUUUGGACCCCACCGGUGGCUGUUGGGGUCUUUUUACUGCUGCUCUCGCUACUGCUGACCACUUUCCAUCCACUGGACUGAUGAUCCACUUUGCUGAGCUGCUGGAGCGGAACUGACUGCCUUCCUCAAGAGCCAGGCAAGCACCACGGAACUUCAGGGGUACAUCACUGAGGAUUCUACCCCAGAUUCUUUGAUGGAGACAGUGUAGAUAUCUCUGUCUUCCCAUCCUAAAAGAGAGGACUUCCUGGAAAAACUCACCAAGUACCUGGACCUUCUGAGGUCUAGAUGUCUGUCAUUCAAGAUGCUGUAAAUACGGUUGUGAUCAGGAUGCAAGAAUCUUCCCUGCCCUUGGCUCAUAUUCAACGUGGGACCUAAGCACUUUGCAAUGAUAAUAAAAUGUAACCCUUUUACAGAC